AUGGUUCAUUGCGGAAUUUGUGGAGCAGUUUUGUCUCGUGCAACUGCGAAAACAUCAUCGUCGUCGGAGAAGGAGAACGCUGUGAUGCUCAUGUCUCUAGCGUUGGCUGGAUACAUAGAAGUUGACUAUGCACGCAGCUUUGUGGGGGCAGCCACGCCUCGAAAAGUUUGUUUAUGUGAUGAACAUUUCGUGCAAGCGGCUCAAUUCAUCUCCGCUGAAAUGGAAUUGAUGGGCAAGCGCAUGGCCGAAUAUUAUGAUCCGAGUUCGUCUAGGCCCAAUGUGUAUGUAUCAAAUGGAGACAUUCCACAGCACUUAAUUGAUUCCAUCAAGAGCAUGGCAACGGGUAUCACUACCGUUACAUCUCGUGAUGUUACCUUUUUCAUGAAUAAGGCAUUGAAACGCUACUACUCAACAGAAAUAUGGCGACUAACGGAACAGACUUACGUAGCUCGGGACGCAUUUCACCAAUAUAAACCUGUAAUCAAAGAGGGGAAAGCAGACAAGAAGAAGAAGGGCUUAGAACAGGCUGUACCCAGUGCACCACUCGACGAGUCCUUGGCUUUCCGCCAGCCAAAGCCUGAAGUCCAAAUGGAUGGUGAGGAAGGAGAUGUAGUGGCAAAGGACAAUAAGAGAUUUAAGGUGAUGGAGCACAGGACAAGCGAAAAUUCGAAUACUGUAUCGGGAGAUGUUGAGGAGACGGAUGAGGCCAUCAUGGACAAGUUUUUCAUUGUGCAGGGCCGUAUGCUUAUGUCGCUGUUUCGGUUUUGUCCUCAGUGCGGCCACCGACUAGGGAAGGCACAGCUGAAGGCAGAGGGAACUGCUGCUGUCGUUCAGUUAUGUGUGCAGUACGUGUUCCGCGAAGAAAUGGGAGAGCCAACAACGUGUCCUGGCCCAUCCAAGAGAACGGAACGGGAAGGAAAUGCUGUAGGAGCUCUGUGCAAUCACCACAGACCUACAAUAUGU